CGUCGGUGGAAAGCCGGUUAGAUGAAUGGCAGCUGAUGGUUAUAGUGAUUCGCUUCGACGCCAUGCCAAAGGCCACGAGAAUGAGUCUAGGCGCAAACCAGCUCCCCGGCUGUCAUCCAUGCCGACGCCUGAAAUGGACUUGGAUCCGGGGGCAAUAUUGGGCGCCAGGCCCAUGACGGUGACCAUGGCCGAAGUGGAAUACCUUUUGCCUUCGGACAGCGCUGCUCUGCAUGCCAGCCCCUUGGAUGUUGCGCCGAGCGAUUCAUGCCAGUUGGAUUUCGUUGAGAAUUUGACGUCGACAUUCCACGAAUCCGCCCGGUUAAGCUCAGAGAGGCUCAUAGGAUUACAAUCACCGCAACUGCCUGGACUUGCUUGCGAUGAGCAGGCCGGGGUUGAGCUUGCACAGCCCACUCCGACAGUGAGCAGCGAUCACAGCCUUACACCGUACCAGAGAGAUACUCAAGACGCGGGCAAUGCGGAUGGGCUGGAAACGACACCUUCAUCAGGGUCCUACGCUGGCCUAUACACAAGCGACGGCUGUCGAGCGAAGCUGUUUCGUCGGAUCCAAGGUUACAUACCCCGAGACGAUUUGCCUGAUAUUGGCCGCCUGGGCAUGUUUGCGAAGCUUUACUUUACACAGUUCAAUCCCAUGAUGCCUUUUAUUCAUGCGCCGUCUUUCAAAGUCACCACCAGAAAUACCAUCCUCUUUCUCUGCCUAUGCGCGGUUGGGAGCUCUUUUGCUGGCUGUCCCCAGGAUGCGCUGUUCGGCCGGCGUAUUAUUGACUCUGUGAGCAAGACGAUCUUGACAUCCUGGGAACUCAUUCUUUCCCCUAAUCAUGAAGACGAUGACCCGUUUUCCAUUAUCCAAGCUGGAAUGGUAAGCCUGGCAUUUGCGCUUCACUCUGGGAGCCCUGAAGAUCUCCUCCUGGCCGACUAUCUACGAGGUCCUAUCAUAGCGGCAAUGCGAGGAACCACCCGACGAUACACGGAAGAAGUUCGACAGACCGACAAGAUGUUUUCCUUGGAUGGUAGGGAGAUCGUGGAGGACGUCUGGCGUGAAUGGGCCGCUACCGAGCAGCGGGCUCGAGCGUACCAUGCGAUCAGGAUCCACGAUGCAGAGCUGGCGAAUUUGCUCCAUCAUGAGCCCCUGUUGAGACAUCGAUCAUUUGACGCACCUAGCACCGCAACCGAUCACCUCUUCACAGCGCCUACCCCCGAGGCCUGGGCUGCGUCAUACCAGCGAGGCCAUCCCUUCUGUGACGGGCCCUCGAGCAUCAUGAAUUCACAGUUGGCCGCCUACAGCGAGCUCGUAAGCAUUAACACCCAGAUCAUUGACUCUCGUCGAUCGCAUACACUGGACGCACGUAUGAGGAAACGUUUGUCCCAGAUGCUGAUGGAAUGGUGGCAAAUCUUUCAUCGGAGCCAGCUUGCAAAGAAGCCCAAUCAGCUGUCACUCGGGGCUCUGUGGCAUGCUUCGUAUCUGUCGCUCUACGCAGACUGUGAACUUCUGGAGAGAAUUCUUUGCUACAAGGGUGAUCAUCUCCGGCCCGAGAGCCACGCAAUGGCUGCGGCGCGCGAAUGGGUCAUGUCUAAAGAAGUACUAGGAUGCCUGCUACACGCACGCGAAAUUCAGAAGCAUAUUGGGACCCUGCAGCGUAUGGCGGAACCAGCAGUACAUGUCCCUCGCACCUUAUUCCAGGCGGGCCUUAUUUGGCUCUCAGUGUGGCAAUUGAGGUCCGACAGGGAAGCGCUGGCCGCAUUGAUGGCCGAGUUAGUAUCUCAUCCCUCAUUGACGGGGGCCGAGCCGAUAGGCAAAGAAGGGCUCAAGGCGCAUUCAGAGUACCAGGUGCGCAUUGUAUUGAAUCAGCUGGAGCGGCUGGGCCGGCUAGGCCGCCCCGGCAAGUUUGUAUGUCUUUUGAGACAAGGCCUUGGGAUGGAUUGACCCAGGGUUGCGCACUGGUAACCUGAUAGACCCACUGUCAAUACCAUGCAGCAAGCUAUUGCUGCUUCGGUUUGUGGGAGACUCGGAUUCCGUUGUUUCCGUGGACAGCCAAUCAGCAAGGGCUCUUGUAGCUUAUAUGCUGUUCCUAGCGUGUGGUUAGGGGAUGUCGGGCUAUGUUCUUUACUGUUAAUCUUAUUUAUUUGCUGAUGUCUUAGCUGCCUAGUUCAGCAUAGUUCAUACUUCGAUUACAGUGUUAUAAAUGGCUGG